UCAAGAGCAAGACGAAGACCCAUUGUUGAGAGCUUCACUAACUCACCUGACUCUCCACACUAUGAACCUUGUUGUUGUUGUUGUUCAUCCUCCUCCUCAAGGUGCGUCACCUCACAUCCUGAACUAGGGAUAGGGUUUUACUUUUGAUUUUCAAUUUUUUCAAUCUCAUUUGAAUCCCACAUUCUCCCCCUCUUUCAUUUCUACUAGAAUGUUGGAACCAGAACAUGGUUCGAGUUCUUCCUCGUCGGUUUUUAAUAGAGACCCUUCUGAACCUGGGAUUUCAUCGUCCAGUUCCUCCCAUGUUCGCCAGGAGGAGGUUGACGGUGGCCAUUUUCCGCCACAUAAUCAUUUUCGGCAUCCGGAGCUGGAGGAACAACGAGAGCUAGAGGAACAACGGAUUGGUACUUUUGGCAGACGGAACUUUCGGGUAUUUGGUGACAACACGGCUGGGGCGUCUGUUGUUCAGGAGGAUACCUGGUCUUGUGUCAUCGUCCUCCUUACCUUUUGGUUUUUCAUAUCAAUGACUCUGAUUCUGGGAGUAUAUGGCUCUGUAAAUGUUCAGCUUGGUCCAAAUUGCUCACUUCUUUUGCAACCUAACUGUAUAUUUGUGCAAUCUAUAAAGCUGGAAGAGUUAAAUGGAUCAAAGCCUGGCCCCAUGGUCUUUGGUUUUAAUAAAUCUCCACCUCUUGAUGUUGUUAAAAUGUGGUCAGAAAUUUAUAAAGUGUCGAUCUCGACGGAUUCUUACAAGGAUUGGAUGUACAACCUUAACAUUGGGUCUCAAAUAAAUAUAUCAUAUACCGUGAACUCUCUGAGUUCCUCUAUUUUCCUUAUUAUUGCCCAAGGGAAUGAAGGUCUGGCUCAAUGGCUUGAGAACCCAACAUAUGUCAAUUCUACCUUAUCAUGGAAUAUCAUUCAUGGAAGUGGUAUGAUUAGCCAAGAUAUCUCAAAGUCUUCUAGUUAUUAUGUUGCAAUGGGUAACUUGAAUUCAGAAGAUGUGGAGGUGAAACUAAAAAUAAGAAUCAGGGCUUCCCAAUAUGAUACAAGUGAAGCCUAUUACAAAUGCAAUGUCAGUGAAGGGUCCUGUAGCAUGCAAAUUUUAUUCCCUGAGGGAAAUGUAGCCGUCUUAACCAAUCUUGGUUCUGAUCAGGUUGCAGCUGGCCCCAAGUUGUAUGUCAAACUCUCCUAUGGGCCAAGAUGGGCCACUUAUUUUGUUGGUAUAGGUGGGAUGACUCUGCUCAUGUUAUUCCUCUUUAACUUCCUGAACAAGUGCCACUUCAAUCGUGAUGAAACUCGAGGCCAUCACGAAGUGAUAAGAUCUGAGAGACAACCAUUGCUUUCUAGCAAGGAUGAUGAUCUCUCAAGUUGGGGUUCAUCUUAUGAAUCUGUUUCCCAAGAUGAGGAAGAUCUUGAAGCUUUUCUGGCAGUUAGUUCCGCAGAGGGGAAAUCUUUGGGCGAUGGGGAAAAUAGUAAUAACACUCGACGCCUUUGUGCAAUAUGCUUUGAUGCUCCUAGGGACUGUUUUUUUCUUCCGUGUGGGCAUUGUGCGGCUUGUUUUGAAUGUGGAACCAGGAUAGCAGAGGCAGAUGGCACAUGCCCAAUAUGUCGCCGGAAAAUGAAGAAGGUGAGGAAGAUUUUUACUGUCUAAGCACUACACAAACACAGCUUCUUUUGAAGUUAACAAAUGAAUAACCUGCGCUUACAUUUCUUCUACUUCCCUUCUUUCCUGAGAAAUUAUGGCAUCAUUGAAGCUGAGUUUUGAAGUGGUAGAGUAGAAAGUACAUUGAGUAAAUGCCUUUUUGUUUCUUCAAAAGGCUUUCCAUGUUUUCCCAUUCUUUCUCUUGGUAUAGUCAUCAAAAUUGACUCGUAUAAAGUAACUAAAAUUGUCUAUAAUUUCUCCAACUUUUGAGUUCAGUGGGUCUUCUAAAUGAAAAGGACUGGCCUAGACUAGUUAUUGUGAUUGUGGUGGGACUACAUGAACCUAUGAUCAAAGUUUGGCUUAUUCACUUUGGUUGAAUUUGGAACACUGCUUGAAAGUUGAAAUUUAAGAUCACUUAGCAAAACGUUCCUACA